UCCGUCGCGGUUGGUAUGGAGACCCGGAAUGGGACAGUCACUGACUCAGGAGGGGGGAUGGAAGGCAGCCAACUGUGGAAAGUUGGUGCAGCAUGCCAUUGGCAAGAUGGACGAGUGGAUCGGCCUGUAUGGUGGAAACCUGAGCGGUACGAUCGGUAGCCUUGAGUAUCCAGUGGCAGAGUACCAAGAGGCUACGGCCGAGGAUGAGAUAGAGGAUGGGGUGGAGGAGCAGACGGAUGAGUGGCUGGGUGAGGACGCGGAAGAUGUCAUUGAGGGCUGAAAAAAUAUGCCACAAAAACAAAUGCCGAAAACAAAUGCCCUUUUUUGGGCCAAUAUUUUUCGACUUUGAUUCCCGAACAGCGACACGAAGGGCCUGCACAGAAGGCGCCAUUCUGAGUGCAAGCUGAUAUAUUGUUUGGUAUUUCGCAAUUGAGAUGGCUGUAUCAUCCUGUUCAAUCAAUAUAUGGAUCACUUGUGCAAGCCCUGAGGCCGCAUCGUUGGAACACCGCGCUUCAAUAUUUUUGGAACUUCGCCGGGUACGAUUACACACUAAUUUCGUAAUAUUACUUGA